GCCGGUCAGCUUGCUUCACCUAUGGUGAUGGAUGCAAGGCCUGGUCAAUUGUUUCCUUGGGGAAUGGGUUGACUGAAUGCCGAAUCGCUGGUGAAGGACCCAUGACACUUGUGCCGUACAAAAACGAAAGCUCCACAUACUUCUUCAAGAUGUCUAGUGUGCCUGGAACAUACAAAUGGGAAGCAGACAACCUUCUUUACGUAGCACUGACCAGUAAUAUGACUACCCAAGAUGCAAAGGCCAACUGUGCAAAAAUUCCUGGUCACAGACUGAUCAUCGUUAAAUCAAAAGCAACCUACGACCACUUCCUUGCUCGUGCAGCAGGUAAUGGGGUACCAUUUUGGGUUAUGGACCUCAACAAGAUAAAUGGAAAUGAAACGGUUUGGGGAGAUGGAACGCUUCCCGAUCUGGCAAUCGUUACCAUAGAUCUCAAUAAUCCUAAUGAACUGACUUUUGUAUUGUACGCGGGUCGAAUCGAAGAUGCAGCCGAAUAUCAAGGACCCUUUCGAGUGCUUUGCCAAGCGAACCCACUUGGGGUUGGAUGGUAAAGGUUAUUCAGCAGCAUACAUGUACACUCAAAAUCACAAACUCCAGCAAAAGUUCCCAAGCCAACUCAGGACAUAACAUCUUAUUUGAGAUACAAGGGAAUUAGCCUUUUUUGAAGACCUGAACAGGAAUAACAGCUAAAAUAUCUGAACCUUUCUUGUGACUCUUCGAUAAUGUUACCAGCAAAAGUAUGAAGAAACCUGAAACUAUUUAAUCCUGCUUCAUCAGCGUCUUCAAAGAUAUAAUUCUGGAAGUAUUUUGAAGUCAUAAAUUCGUAAUGGUGAGAGCAAGAGGCUAUUAAGUAUUCCAACAUACCGGGACAGACACUGAAGUAUACUGACGCGCUCUAAAAAUUGGCAAAUCGAAGAGAAUUAAACUCCUGUUAACUGAAUCAAAUAAGGAAAUAAAACUCAAAAAUGACUAAAACCACCUUGUUAAGACUUAAUCUUUUGAUCAUUAACAUAUGCUGAUAUUUUAAUCAAUACCAAUUUAAUGUUAAUAAACUCCUAUAAAAACCUUAUUUUCUUCGGAAUUAUA